AUGCAAUUCUUGACCGCCAAUAUUAUUUUAUACGCCCGCAUAGCGUUGAUGCUAUGGGUCUCAUUCAUGCUUGUGAAGAACCCUUUGACGCUUACAAAUGCCAAUUUUUCGCUUCUCUUGGGCCAGGCAAUGCGCUUACCAACUGUUCAGGUGACCGCCUCCAAUCCACUUUUCGGUCUUCUCGCCGUCUUCAUCUCCACAAAUGCUUUGAGCGAUUUGAUUCCCAUUUUGUCUGAAAACACCGCAUACUUCGAGACAUACGUGCCUGUCAGAUUGAUGUUCAACUUCAUCUUGGGCGCAUUUUGCAUCUUUUCCAACUUCGGCUUGAUCGCCAACAACCUCGUCUUUACCUAUGCAUUCUUGGAGAUCUGGCUUAACUUUUUGAUCUACAACAACUUGAAGGAUGAAAAAUAUAAACGCGUCAAGACCUAUCUUGAGGAGCACGGCGAGGAGCUCAGAAGAACCGCAGAUGCACAGGUAGUGCCUCUUUAA